AUGGCAUUGUCUAAGAUAAGAUCUGCUGAAAUCCUCGAACAAGUAUCAGAAACUGUGUUUGGAAUGAUGCAACAGUUUAAUUGGGAAAAUACACAAGAUUUGAAUGAUAAGGAUUUGUGGAUACCUAAUCAUUUGCUUUACAGGAAGGAUGUUGUUCUUAAAUUGGGUGUUCAUGUUGUGAUUCGGGGAUUGGAACCGGAAGAAUCCUUUCUGUCAGUAAAAAAUGCAUUUAGAUUGGGUGUUGGAAAGUCCCUGGCUAACAGUAUUUCUUGCCCUUUGUUUGGUGAGGUCGGGGCAAAGGAUCACCAGCGCUUUCAAGCUUCUUAUGCAACUAUUCUCAAGGCUCACAUGACAGCUCUGAAGAAGAGGGAAAGGAAGGAUAAGAAAAAGGCAGCAGAAGGUGAUAAGAAAGAAGGUGGCCUAACGAAGAAACCAAAGAGAGCCUGA